UAAGGGCAAUUACCAUACAGUCUUAAUCGGCACUAAUAUCGAUAACUAUAGAGAUAAGAUAGGUAACUAAAUAAUUUGAUAACUUAAAUCCAUUUUAUUAGGUAGGUUUUUUACUUGUACAGGGCAAACCUGCUGAUCAGGCAUGUUCCGGGUGACAACUGUUGUUUUAAGCAUUUUGCUCUUUGACGUAGCAUUCACUGAUCACCCAGCAGGGACGGAUAGAAAUGAAAAUGUGCUGUCCGAAACUGAUUUACGUGAUGAACUGAGUAGAGAUUCAGAAUAUCGACUUCCAGUAGAUGUUGUUCCUAUAGAAUAUGACAUUGAUUUAGAUCUUAACUUCGUUGCUACCGAUGAUAGACCAGCCUACAGUUAUAAUGGGAUAGUCAAUAUUAUUGUUCAGGCAGUCGAUGAAAAUAUUAAACAAAUUGUAUUACACGCCAAUGUAGACCGCAUCAAGGCAAUAACUGUUCUAACCAGUGCAGGAAAACCAAUGCCAUUGAAUCCCAAUAGUCCUUUUGUUAUAGAGCCACUUUAUCACUUUCUUAGAAUUAAUAUGCUAGAAAGUUUAAAAAAAGGUGACAAAUACUUGUUGAGAAUAGAAUACUCAAGCACUAUGAAUGAUGGACCACUUAAAAGAGGUAUUUGGAAAGGACAUUAUAAGGAUAAUGAUGGAAUAAAAAGGACGUACGCUACAACUCAUUUCCAGCCUUAUAAUGCUCGUCAAGCUUUCCCAUGCUGGGAUGAACCGAUGUUCAAAGCAGAGUUUAAAUUACAUCUGACAAGACCCUCCAAUUUUAAUGCAGUUUUCACAAAUACUGGACUAGAAAGUACCGAAACACUUUCAAAUAACUGGGUCAGGGAUACAUUUAAGACUACUCCUAAGAUGUCUUCAUAUCUAUUAACCUUUUUGGUCAGCGAGUCAUUUCAAGUCAUUGCUGAAGAUACGUCUUUUGAUCCUCCAAUCAGGUUAAUAGGAAGAUCCAAUACUGCAGGACUUGGUGCUAAGGCUUUGAAGUUUGCUGUUGGCGUAGCCAGAUUUUUUGACGAAUACUUCGGAAUGCCUUAUAAUACUCUCAACCCAAAUUUGAAUAACGAUCACAUUUCUUCACCUGAUUGGGCUUCUGCUGGAACAGAAAACUGGGGAAUGGUUAGCUACAGGGAGCUAUACAUGAUAAUGGACUCAGACCACACCAUCAUGUCGGUGGAGCACUACGCCGCUACCCUCAUCUCCCACGAGCUGGCUCACAAGUGGUUCGGCAACCUCGUCACUUGCGCCUGGUGGAGUGAGACCUGGAUCAAUGAGGGAUUCGCCAGCUACUUUGGCUAUUUGCCUAACUCUAUUGUGUUCCCAGAGUACGAACAUGAUGAGCAUUUCAACUCUCGCUAUCUGCAGACGUCUCUGUCAGUAGACUCGGCAGUCAGCACCACAGCCCUCAGAACUGAGGUGAACACUCCCGCACAGGUCACCGGCAACUUCGGAACUAUCAGCUAUUCUAAAGGAGCUGCUUUCUUGAGAAUGCUGUCGGAUAUGAUAACGCCUGAAACGUUUCAGAAAGCUUGCCGUUAUUUCUUAUUGGGGCAUGCCUACGAACCAGCUUAUCAUACAGAUUUAUACUACGCUUUCAAAGAAGCUAUAGAAGAAGAUGGAACACUGAAUGGUUAUGAGGGCUUUGACUUUCUCAAGUUCUACGAUACCUGGGUCAAUGAACCUGGUUAUCCUAUUCUAGAAGUUGAAAUUGACUAUGUUACGGGAGAAAUGCAACUCAAACAGGAACGAUUUUUGCUCAGCGCGUCGGCAACCCCAGUCAACCCAGAUGUAGUAUACCCCAUACCGAUAACAUUUUCAUCCAAGAACAACCAAUCUUUUACGGAGCUGAAGCCAAUUUACAUGAUGUCAGCCAAAACUGGCGUUGUUUUAAAGCAGCCUGGUGAAGAAUGGGUAAUUUUCAAUCAUUUACAGCACGGACACUACAGAGUUAACUAUGAAAGAAAGAAUUGGGAACUUAUAGCUGAAGCCUUAAAAGACGAAUCGCAACCUAUCCAUCACUUAAACCGCGCUCAAAUCGUCGAUGAUAUGUAUGCCUUUAUGAGAUCUGAAAGAAUUGCUAUCGAGUAUGGCUUCAAAGUCUUAAGGUUUUUAAGCACUGAGACCAACUACCAUGUUUGGAAUCCCGCCAUUACUAUGUUCAGUUUUUAUAGAAAUCGAUUGAGGUUUACUCCAGAAUUCGAUAUCUUUACGUCAUUUGUUCUUGAAACCAUGGAGCACGCUAUUAAAAAUCUUGGAUAUGAUGUUAAGCCCGAUGAAUCUUCUACUACCUCUCUACACCGACAAGAGAUGCUCCAGUUUGCUUGUAACUUAGGACACGAACAAUGCAUAAAUGAAUCAAAGGAAAGAUUUAAUAACUUUAAGGAUGGUUCAAAGAAAUUGGAUCCCCGCAUCAGCCGUCAUGUGUAUUCUGUGGGCAUCCGGGAAGGAGAUAUUGCUGACUUUGAAUUUCUUUUAACUAGAUUCCUUGAGUCAAACUUCGCUAAUGAAAAGCUAGAAAUGCUCAGAGGUUUGGCUGCCACAAGAAACCCGACGCUUAUAAGCAGAUACUUACAGCUAACUCUAACUGAAGAUAUUAGAACUCAAGACAAGUCGACUGCUUUCAACUACGUUCUAUCCGGAAAUCUGGAAAGUGCAAGCACAGUUCUAGAAUUUAUCAAAAACAAUAUCGAUACGAUAAGGGAAGUUUUCCAAGAAGAUGCUCCGAACAAUCCCGUGAACUCCGUGAUUUCGAAUGUUGCAUCUUAUUUGGAUGAAGAGGGUCUGAAUGAUUAUGAAAAUUGGCUACGUACGACUCAGAGUGGCAGUGCCCAGUACAAUACUGGUAUCAACGCCAUCAGAUCAGCUCGGAACAACAUAGCUUGGGGGGUGGCCAACGCUGAAGCAAUCAUUGCCGCCACGAAGGAUGGAGCAGCACAAAUUUUUGCUUCAGCUACUUUGAUGAUCUUAUUAGCAAUGAUUACUUUGAUAGUUUAGAGUUACGUUGACAUUGCCGUCGAUCAAUAAAACACAAAGAUUUGAAUAAUCUA